AUUUUGACGAAGAAACGUCUGCCAUUCUGCGGAUUUUCAUUACAUUUCCAGAGACCCAACCUGAGUGGACAACACAGUUCAUUUACCAAUACCUUGGCUUGAGCUGUACCUACAAAAGAUUAAGUGCAACAAGAUCCAGUGUCAUCAUAAUGGCCGUUUUCAAAGGUUUGGACAUCCCCAGUAUUGACAUCAGCCAGAUUGACUUUACAAAGUCAUCUGAUGACAUCACAAUAGAGGAAUAUUUCACCAAGGAGGAGCUUUCUAAUAUUUCUGCCUAUGAAAGAUUUAGGUUCAGAAAUAUUAAGCAGAACUAUCUUAUGAUGAUGAAAAUAGGUAUACCCAUUAUCAAACCUGAUUUUAUGAAGAGCAAGCGUGGAAGAAAGAGACCUCCUCCUCCUCCCUCUGAAAGUAGUUCUGAUGAAGAGUGGCUCCCUUCUAAAGAGAGACAAAGAGACAGGCCAAAGAGAGCUAUCAAGCCAUUCAGACCAUUCGUUGCCCCUUUCAAAGUGACACAGAAACGUCAACAGCAAGUUCCAGCAGCAGAGAAUGGAGCCAUUCAGAAAAAGAAACCCAAACCUUCAGCAACAGUCACAAAUGCUACCAUAGCAACCAAAGAUGACACAAUGAAAGCCAGUACCACCAAGUCCACCAAGCCAGAACAGCCAAGUCAACCCGUAAAGCCUAAAAAAUCCUCACCCCCUCUUGUGUUAGACUUUCUAGGAUAUGAUGAUGUCGAGAUCAAAAAAUGGAGGAAAGUCUGUAUGCUGAAGACCAACAAGAUUAAAGCUGAGAUAGAACUCCUGGAAAAUGAUAUGGAUCAGGCUUUGUUGGAAUUGGUUGAAUUGGAGCUGCAGAAGGAGGAAGAAGCAGAACUGGCAAAGCGAGAGAGGGAAGCUCCCAGGUACCCAAAGAGGAACAUAGAAAGGACAAACUACAAGCUCCUUGAGGUGCCAGAUGAUGAUGAAUUUUUGUUUUGUGAGGACUGCAACUUAGAGCAUAAAGGAGAUUGCCCAAUACAUGGUCCCUUAAUCAUAGUGGAAGACAGAAAGGUUGAAGGUGGAAAGUUCAGAGCUGAACUGACAGCCCCAUAUGACUUAGUAGUGAGGUUGUCUAAGAUCCCUGGUGCUGGUCAUGGAGUGUGGACCACAGCUGAGAUACCCAAGGGGGUCAGGUUUGGCCCAUAUGCUGGUAGAAUUGUAGAGAUACACAGGGAACAUGAUGCACAUGAGAGUGGUUAUGCUUGGAUGAUUUAUAAAAAUGAGAAACCAAGCCACUUUAUUGAUGCUGGUGAUGUUGGGCAGGCCAACUGGAUGCGUUAUGUCAACUGUGCCAGGUUUGAAGGUGAACAGAAUGUUACAGCAUUCCAGUACCUGGGCCAGAUAUAUUACAGAACAUUCAGACCUAUACCCCCAAAUACUGAAGUACUAGUUUGGUAUGGUGAAUCCUAUGCCGAAGAACUUGGAAUAGAUGUAGUGAAGUUUCGCAAUCAAACAGCUCAUGUCAAUGGCAUUGGGAAUAUGAAUAUGGAAAAACAUACUAAACAUAAAAGCAUGACCUUAGCUGAGAUGAUCAGACUAAAUAUGGCAGAAGUGAUAAAAUUCAAGUGUCCUCUAUGUUGGAGGCAGUUCUUUAAUGAGGCUAAGAUGGAGGAACAUAAGAGAACACAUAGAAUCUCUUGUUCAGAUAACAAUCUACCUGACUCUCAGACCCAGAAUACAGCAGAUGAAACUCUCAAUCCUACAAAAACCACACAUUGUGGAUUGGAUGAUGAGGGAAUGUUUAAAUGUGAUAAGUGUGACAAAUGUUAUACUUUGAAAUGUCAUCUUCUGCAGCAUAUGAAUACUCACAACACCAAUUUUAAAUGUAGAGUGUGUGGUUAUAGAUUUCCAAGUAAUGCAAAUCUUCAGCUACACAUGAGAACUCAUACAGGUGAGAAGCCAUAUAAAUGUACGAUCUGUGACUAUAGAUGUAAUGUACAAUGGAACUUGACAAGACACAUGAGAACUCAUACAGAUGAGAAGCCAUACAAAUGUACACUCUGUGACUAUAGAUGUAAUCAACAAGGUGAUUUGACAAACCACAUGAGAACUCAUACUGGUGAGAAACCAUACAAAUGCACACUCUGUGACUAUAGAUCUAAACAACAAAGUGAUUUGACAAACCACAUGAGAACUCAUACUGAUGAGAAGCCAUACAAAUGUACACUCUGUGACUAUAGAUGUAAACAACAAAGUGAUUUGACAAAACACAUGAGAACUCAUACUGAUGAGAAGCCAUACAAAUGUACGCUCUGUGACUAUAGAUGUAAUGUACAAUGCAGCUUGACAAGACACAUGAGAACUCAUACUGGUGAGAAACCAUACAAAUGCACACUCUGUGACUAUAGAUGUAAUCAAAGAGGUGAUUUGACAAAACACAUGAGAACUCAUACUGAUGAGAAGCCAUACAAAUGUACACUCUGUGACUAUAGAUGUAAUGUACAAAUCAACUUGACAAACCACAUGAGAACUCAUACUGGAGAGAAGCCAUACAAAUGUACACUCUGUGACUAUAGAUGUAAUGUACAAAACAGCUUGACAAGACACAUGAGAACUCAUACUGAUGAGAAGCCAUACAAAUGUACUUUCUGUGACUAUAGAUGUAAUCGACAUGAACAUUUGAAAAAACACAUGAGAACUCAUACUGAUGAGAAGCCAUAUAAAUGUACACUCUGUGACUAUAGAUGUAAUGUACAAAUCAACUUGACAAACCACAUGAGAACUCAUACUGGAGAGAAGCCAUACAAAUGUACACUCUGUGACUAUAGAUAG